GGAGCCAUGCUGAAUAUGUAUGUCUCUACGGACUACUAGACUGGCUCUACUUUCUCAAACAACACUCAUCUGGUGAAUUUGCUGCUCAUUUUUCGGCAAAAUCGACCUGAUCAAUCAUUUGGAUAUUUCUUUUGCCUUUACCACCGCUAUAGACGCUAUCGAGGUGGUCUUAACUCUUUUACAGCGAUACGAAGUCGGAAGGAUUGAUAGCGAGAAAGAACCUUUGUCGGCGACGCGGCGAAGACUGGGAAAAUACCUGGAUAAUUUUUUGUCUUCAAAUUAUUAUCAUCUCUCAUUCGAGUGAAUACAUCGUUCUAUUCCUCUUAUCUCCAGAUAUACAUUUAUCAUGACAGAUUGCGGUCGACCCGACUUCUGCGAUUCUGCUUCUGCCACUUCAUCCUCACUGGUCAUCACGCCCGCUUCAGGCCACGAUAUUUUCAAGCCACCUACUCAAUCUGGUUCUAUUGUUCACCGAUUUCAGCAACCUAAGAACGUCGACCUGUCAAAUUCACCACAACAACUUCGUCUUCAGCAGCUUCCACCAUAUCUUCAAUCUACCAUGUAUCAGCCUCAGAGUACAGGCAAAGGACCAAUUCAGCCCCAUGUCAGCAAUCUUCCUAGAAGGAAACCAAGGCAGAGAUCUGUAGGAACAUUCCCCAAAGAAUCACCCACGUUGGCGACACCAGAUGCCGUUAAAGCGUUAUCGUCCGCCUCAAUUCGCACGAAUGCGGCCAGAUCUCCUUCACCCUCCCGUUCUUCCUCUUCUUCGUUAUCUAUCUCUCAACCUCGAGGCCCUAGAGCAUAUUUUGUUGACGACGAGCCAUCACCCUCGGUCGCACCAAUAUACAUUAAACCCUCUGUUUCUGCCUUCGAAUUGGGCCAUGUCAUUCCUCAGUCUAAAGGACACAUUCAACCACAUAUCACCAAUAUGCCCCGCCGGCGUCCGAGACGCCCCCAUUCACUACUGUCCAGGAUAGAGACUUCGGCUAAGCAACGUAAAUUACGAGACAGAGAGAGAUGGGAGAAAGCCAGAUGCCUGCAGGAGGUGAUUAAAGGAUCCGAAGUAUGGGUUGCAUUCUGGGACUGGGAGAACGCCUCCGAGGAAAGUGACGAUGAAGACCAGUCUGAUGAUUCACUUGCCGAAGAAUUGUUACGCGCCGACCGAGUCAUUCAAAUUAUCUCCCGAGAGCAGGAGGAUCAGGGAUAUACAGAGGAUUCGACUGCGUCGAGCGGUGGUGUUGAAGAUGCGUUGAAAAACGUUCUUAAAUUAUUCUUGUCUCCUCAGGUAGUUCGUGUGCGAGAUGAUGGAGUUCCACAUACAUCUUUGGAACAGAUGUCCCUAGCACGAGCCUUUCUAUCCAAUAUCCAUCCUCGCCGCACGGACAACUCGGCUCGAGCGACCUCUACUCUGAUUUCCUCUGUUCCGCCUACACCAAGAACUGCAUCUACACCAUCUUUGUCGCGUAGUUCAUCAUCUUCGACUUCUCCAUCUCCGUCAUCGUACACUCUUACACCUUCAUCGACUUCCUCGGAAUCAAGGAGUAACAAACGUCUGCUCAUCACUGUACCAAGUAAGGAGUUUGCUGUUGACGCACUUGCACUUGUCGUCAUUGCAUUUUCCUUGCUGGGAGAUAUCACAUCAUUGGCUACAUCUGCAGAUGAGACUGAGUCGUCUGUUUCACCUAUUCUUGAAUUCUUGAACAGCUUAAACGACUUGGAAGGACUUGAUCCUCAUUGGCGAGGUACAUUGUCGUGCGACGGAAUAGAUUGGUUAGAUGGGGUGCUGGGUAUGAUCAAGUCCAGCGGUGGCUCCAAUCUAGAAGUAUGAACUGCUCUUUACAUCUGUUCCGUUUCUGGAUGAACGUUUUUAGAUGAUUCUCCAUCGCUGAUGCUUUUUCUGUUGCCUGCUCGUUGGAUAUUUACACUCGCUGUACCCAUGAACAUUCAACUAUGUAUUGUUAGACCUCCUUGUUUGUACUAACAUAUAUCUUGUCCUGUAUUGACCAUGUCUGGUUUUUGCCUGUGUUUUGUUCACCUUGCUUGCAACGGUCCUUUCUUACUCGAUAUUAUAAGCGCGCGCGAAAAUCUUCUCACGGUUUUAA